GAAAAGAAAAACUAAAAAAAUGAAAGUAAAAGUCAGUGCUUAUUAUUCGACAGUUACAAUUAGGUUUUACUGGUAAAUCAGCUAAAAUUGUUUUCUUCGUCGCCCAAAUACAAAAUAACCCUAAUUUUCUUUUAACUCUCUCGAUUCCAACUUUCUUCCCCACAAUUUUCUUGGUUUCAGGAAAAAUGGAUCCCAACCCUAAAACACACCCAAUUCUGUCGUAUGUAAUGAAUCGAAUUCCUUCACUUGUUCCAAAACAUCCAAGUUAUUCAGAUUUUGAUGAUAUCGAUAUCGAACAACAAGCAUCACAAUCAAGUUCAUCGGCAUCACCAUCAGCAGCAGCAGGAGGAUCGAAAUUAACCAUGAGAUCAGAAAGUUCUAUCAAUAGAGAAGUAGAAUUAAUGGUUGAUAUGCCACACUUAAAAGAUCCAGAAGUUUUAUCAGCAAUGACAGCAGCUGUAUCUGAUGUAUCACAAACAAGAUCAAUUCUCAAAGCAUUGGGCGAACGACCAGAUCAUGAAUCAGUUGAUUCAGCUAAAUUUAAGAUUUCUGAAAUUGAAUCAAAUUUAUUGAAUCAGAUUCAGGAAAUUGAAACAGAGUCGAAAUUACCUAAUGCCGCUGACCUUGAGAGAGAAAUGAGAAUCGUAGCUGAGAAAGAAAGGAAGAUAUAUGAAGCUGUGAUUAAAUUAGAUGAAAUGCAUGAAUCUUAUGAAUUAUUGUUGAAAAAUGCUGAAGAAAGAUUGCUUAAGAUUUAUCGAUUGGCCUCUUCAGGGGAGAGAAAAGGCAAGGGAGUGGUGGAGGAGGAAAGGAUGGAUCGUGCUGAUGAAGAAAUGAAUGAAGAAGUCGUGAGAAUUUUGCAAGAAGGUUUAAGUAAAGAAUUUGAAAGAGUUGUGUUGUGUGAUCGUGAAUUGAGGUAUCUUCCUGAGGAGUUUGGAAAGAUCCGUGGAUUAGUUUCUCUUGAUCUUUCUACUAAUCAGCUCGAGGUCAUCCCUGAUUCAAUCUCAGGACUGGAAAAGCUGGAGGAUCUGAAUCUUUCAUCGAACAUUCUGGAGUCAUUGCCAGAUUCUAUUGGGUUGUUGGUGAAUCUAAAAUACUUGAAUGUAUCCACUAACAAGCUGAAGGCCCUCCCUGACAGUAUUAUCAAUUGCAGAUCAUUAGUGGAGCUGGAAGCAAGCUUUAACCAGUUGACAUAUCUGCCAACUAAAAUAGGUGAAUUGGUGAAUCUGCAGAAGCUCUUGGUCGGUCUCAAUAAAAUUCGUUUUCUUCCCAGUUCCAUUUGUGAAAUGAAGUCAUUACGCCAUCUAGAUGCCCACUUCAAUGAGCUACGUGGUCUUCCAAACGCUAUUGGCCUCUUGACUAAUCUCGAGAUUCUUAAUGUGAGCAGUAACUUCAGCGACUUUACAGAGCUUCCUCUCACAUUUGGAGAGUUGAUCAACCUCAAAGAGAUAGAUGUUAGUAACAACCAGAUCAGUGCUCUUCCUGAUACAUUUGGCCGCCUGGACAGUCUAACCAAACUUAACUUGGAUCAGAAUCCACUUUUCAUCCCUCCUAUGGAGAUUGUGGAGCAAGGAGUUGAAGCUGUCAAAGAAUUCAUGGCAAAGAGGUGGGUUGACAUCUUACCUGAGGAGGAGCGUAAGAGUACGGAAGCAAACACGGAAGCACAAAAAGGAUGGUUGACACGCAGCACUUUGUGGUUGACAGGAUAUUUGGCUGGUGGAGAGAAGUCUCCAAAGGCGCAAGUACAUUAUCUCGACCAGCAGUUAUAGUUCUUCAAUCGUCCUUUGGACUAUUCCCAGAUGUAUCUAUGCUUGUACAGCAAAUGAUAAAUAUGGUACCCACAUUUGGUAAGAAGCCUGGUGAACCAUUCCAGUGAAUCCACUCUACUAUAUUGCCAUUUGAUAACCUUUUUUUGUUGAAUUUGCCUCUUUUUUCUAAAUUUUGUAGGAUGCUUAAAAUACCAAAGUGGUGUAUUCAUUGUUUUCCUUUUCCCCUAAACUCCAUGUGGGCAAAUUGUUUCCAACACGUAUUUGAUCAUAAAACUCUCCUUUAGAGUC